AUGUCUACCGAGGAUAACCACACCCUUCACAUUUUGCCGGAGCGACAUCGCUCGGACGCCAGCGAACCCCAGGACUCAGGAUCAUUCAAAUCCCUUUUCGGCGGCCCUUCCAGUGAAGACGGAAAAGAGACGGAGCUCGAUACCCACGACCACACCCAUGGCUUUAGCAGCAUCAAAGCGCCCGCAAAGCUUGCAAGCCAGAAUGUCGCGCCCUUCCUCGCCAGACACAUCCCCGAACAGUAUGCCCCUUUAGGCGCCCAGUCGAUCCUACCGGCCGAGCUUAGCAGCGCAAACUCCAAAUACUGUUAUCGCCAUCGCCCUGACCAGAAAUGCAGACGUCAAGCCGACGAGCCGUCCAUGGAUAAGCUACAGCGGGAAUUGGAAUCGCUCCCUCAGGGCGACCAACAAAGCAUCUCCCACGUCUGGUCUAUGUUCUCCGCAGCGCCUGCGAAACACCGAAAACUCAUUCUCCAAGGCAUCAUGGCUCAAUGUUGCUUCCCCCAACUCUCGUACAUCUCCGCCACCGUCCGUGACCUCAUCCGUAUCGACUUUAUUACCGCCCUUCCUCCCGAGAUCUCCUUCAAAAUUCUUUGCUAUCUGGAUACAACGUCACUGUGCAAGGCUGCUCAGGUGUCGCGCGGAUGGCGGGCGCUGGCUGAUGACGAUGUUGUUUGGCACAGGAUGUGUGAACAACAUAUUCAUCGCAAGUGCAAGAAGUGUGGUUGGGGCUUGCCGCUGCUGGACCGGAAACGACUACGCGAGUCAAAGCGCGAGAUUGAACUUCGUGCUACAACGUGGGACAAGGAAAGCGUGGAGCCACAAACGCCGGAGGCUUCGACGGAGCCGGAUCUUUCUGGCAAACGGAAGGCGGAAGACGACGAGGUUGCUGUUGUCAAGCGCCAGUGCUCAUCGCUCGGGCCGGAGUCUGGCGAGGUCGAGAAAGCCAGCGACUUCUACAAAACGCGGUACAGACCGUGGAAAGAAGUUUACAAAGAUCGCUUCAAGGUUGGCACGAACUGGAAGUACGGACGAUGCUCGAUCAAGUCAUUCAAAGGACACACCAACGGGGUUAUGUGUCUGCAGUUCGAGGACAACAUCCUUGCCACUGGCUCCUACGAUGCGACCAUCAAGAUCUGGGACACCGAAACCGGCGAAGAACUUCGUACGCUUCGUGGACACGAGUCUGGCAUUCGUUGUCUUCAGUUCGAUGAUACCAAACUUAUCAGUGGUAGCAUGGACCGCACUAUUAAAGUGUGGAACUGGCGGACCGGCGAGUGCAUCUCUACCUACACUGGUCACCGCGGUGGAAUAAUCGGAUUGCACUUUGAUGCUUCUAUCCUCGCGUCCGGCUCUGUUGACAAGACAGUCAAGAUCUGGAAUUUUGAAGACAAGUCGACUUUCCUUCUGCGAGGACAUACCGACUGGGUCAACGCGGUCAGAGUUGACACUUCGUCUCGAACCGUUUUCUCGGCGUCUGAUGACUGCACCGUCCGCCUCUGGGACUUGGACUCGAAGACCUGCAUCCGGACUUUCCACGGACAUGUUGGUCAAGUACAGCAAGUCGUUCCUCUACCCCGCGAGUUUGAAUUCGAAGACCACGAUGCCGAGUGCGAAAAUGACGCCGUCAGCACAACCUCGAGCGAUGCCGAUCCCCCGUCAAUGCAGGCUUCUAUGGGUCUAGAGCCAAACGGGGCUUACAACCAAUCCUCUGCCUUUGGACCCUCGUUUGACAACGGCCGCGCUGCACCCCCACGCUACAUGGUCACCAGUGCGUUGGACUCCACCAUCCGCCUCUGGGAGACGACCACCGGCCGCUGCCUGCGUACAUUCUUCGGACAUCUCGAAGGCGUCUGGGCGCUUGGAGCGGACACUCUGCGGAUUGUCUCUGGUGCUGAAGACCGCAUGAUCAAGAUCUGGGAUCCCAGAACCGGCAAAUGCGAGCGAACCUUUACCGGACAUUCUGGACCUGUGACUUGCAUUGGCCUUGGAGACAGUCGGUUCGCGACUGGAAGCGAGGACUGCGAAGUGCGGAUGUACAGCUUUCAGAGCUGA